CCCUUGAAAGUCCGUGUUGUCCUGCCCGUUGCAGUUUGCGGAUAUACAACUUUUUUGUACUUCUUAAAAACUAAUUUUAAAGUCCAUUUGCACGUGGUUUAAGUUGAUUACGACUCAGCUCUAUAUCACAGACCGGAAAACUCCCAUAUAAUUGCUUGCCCCAAAGAGCUGCAUUUUUUUUUCCUUAAAUAAAGUAGAUUUUUUAUUUUUUUUUUUCUGAAAGAGUGGACUUUGAAUUACUUCAGCAUGUCAUCUUGGUAAUUUUAAGAACUCUUUAAAAACUUGGAGUUUCUAUAAAUUGUAUGUCCUUUGGAGCAAAGGCAAAUGAGCCCUUUACAGGAACAGAAGUGUUUGUUCAUAAGGGACUCUGCUUUUCUGUCUAACCUGCUCUAUCAGCCCCAUCUCUGCAAUUUUGUUCGUCUUUCAACACCUUUGUCUGAUUAGUAGCUUUUGGAGAUCGGGAUAAAGACAUCACUUGCCACGCUGCAUGAGAUAACAAUUAAUUUAACAUUAAACUUAUCCCCCUUCCAUUCACUUUGCUUGGAUCGAUCUCUGUUAAUUGUGUUUGCGGAUGCUUUCAACACUACGCUUUUCUUAAAAACUUAAUGACACCCCGCGAGGAGGUGUAGGAGUCUAAAACGCUCCUCUUCGACUUCGAGCAAAGAAACAAAGAAUACAGCCCCAGCGUGCUCAGGAGACCAUCUAUUUUUAAUCAGCUGACUUUUCCUGCACUUCCCAAGGUACUACCUUAUUUUAAACCGGGUGGUAGCUCUGGUCUUUGAAGAAAAUGCUGCUUGGGUCCCUCCACUUUGCAGUUGUGGAAUACAAAGUCAGACACGCCAACUUCACAAAGCUGCCGUCUCCUAUCAGACUUGCUUGUUUCUCCCCCCAAAGUAGCCAUUUAUCAGCUAAAAGGGGAGUGUGUUUUAAAAAUGCGUGGCUUUAUGAGGGAGAGCAACGUCUCCUUGCAGGGGGCAGAAACCUGUUACAAAGCCACUUAGGUGGGAUCACCCCUAAAUGGCAUUAUGCCUCCCCUGGGCUUUAUUAGUUCCCCAGUACGUUUCUAUUUGCACUGUUCCCCGAUAAUUCGGCAUUUUAUCUCCCUGAAACUGCCCUUAGAAACUUGCCUUGCACCGAGACAGCUCGCUAAUCUUAUUUAUUUCUUUAUUAUUUUUUUUUAUUUCACAGAGGCAUCUGUUCCUCUUGCUGACAAAUGUACCAUUCUGCCAAGAAAGUUUUUUUUUUUUUAAGAAAAAAAAAAAAAACAGCGUGUAAUUGAUGUUAUCCCAAGAAAGCGCAAUCUCCACCCCUUUCAGCUCCAAGCCCUUCAGGUAAAAGGAAAAAAAAAAAAAAUCUUUCAAGAAUUUGUUGCCUUUUUGAGGGUUAAAACAUCAGAAGACAAGCUUGUCUCGCCUUGGCCAAUCAGCUCUCGGCCCUGGCAGCUAUAAUAUAGAACUAAAGGCAGACUCCUCUCACAAGCGUCUUGCUUUGCUACCAUUAAAAUCAGACCCUUUUUGUCUCUCGCUUGCUGUCUCCCGACCAAACUCCGAUGUGUUCCGUUAUCAGCGACCUAAAGCCUGCCAUUCCAGCACCUGUCUUGCUAGGGAUCGGUGGAUAGUAUACGAUUCAGAAAGCAGACAAGGACAUAGGAGGAGAGAGAGCUCUAGAGAGACAGCCAGGGAUAGGCACAGAGAGCUUUGAAGUAAUUGGAUUCAAUGGACGAAAUGCUGCUGUUGACAAGAAUUCUCUUGGUGGGCUUCAUCUGCGCUCUUUUAGUCUCCUCUGGGCUGACUUGUGGACCAGGCAGGGGCAUUGGAAAAAGGAGACACCCCAAAAAGCUGACCCCUUUAGCCUAUAAGCAGUUUAUUCCCAAUGUGGCAGAGAAGACCCUAGGGGCCAGUGGAAGAUAUGAAGGGAAGAUCACAAGAAACUCCGAGAGAUUUAAAGAACUAACCCCAAAUUACAACCCUGACAUUAUUUUUAAGGAUGAAGAGAACACGGGAGCUGACAGACUGAUGACUCAGCGCUGCAAGGACAAGCUGAACGCCCUGGCGAUCUCGGUGAUGAACCAGUGGCCCGGGGUGAAGCUGCGGGUGACCGAGGGCUGGGACGAGGACGGCCACCACUCCGAGGAGUCGCUGCACUACGAGGGGCGCGCCGUGGACAUCACCACGUCGGAUCGGGACCGCAGCAAGUACGGCAUGCUGGCCCGCCUCGCCGUCGAGGCCGGCUUCGACUGGGUGUACUACGAGUCCAAGGCGCACAUCCACUGCUCCGUCAAAGCAGAAAACUCGGUGGCGGCCAAAUCCGGGGGCUGCUUCCCCGGCUCGGCCACGGUGCACCUGGAGCACGGCGGCACCAAGCUGGUGAAGGACCUGAGCCCCGGGGACCGCGUGCUGGCUGCCGACGCUGAUGGCCGGCUGCUCUACAGCGACUUCCUCGCCUUCCUCGACCGCGAGGACGGCUCCCGCAAGCUCUUCUACGUCAUCGAGACGCGGCAGCCACGGGCCCGGCUGCUGCUGACAGCGGCCCACCUGCUCUUCGUGGCCCCCCAGCACAACCAGUCGCAGGUUUUGGGGCCCGCCGGAGGCCGUGCCCUCUAUGCCAGCCGCGUGAGGCCGGGCCAGCGCGUCUACGUGCUGGGUGAAGGAGGGCGGCAGCUGCUGCCGGCGGCCGUGCACCGCGUCACGCUGAGGGAGGAGGCGUCGGGGGCUUACGCCCCGCUCACAGCCCAGGGCACCAUCCUCAUCAACCGGGUGCUGGCCUCCUGCUACGCCGUCAUCGAGGAGCACGGCUGGGCCCACUGGGCCUUCGCGCCUUUCCGCUUGCUCCAGGGGCUGCUGGCCGCCAUCUGCCCCGGCGGCGACGCCCCCGUCACCGCCACCGCCACCACCGGCGUGCACUGGUACUCGCGGCUCCUCUACCGCAUCGGCAGCUGGGUGCUGGAUGGCGACGCGCUGCACCCGCUGGGCAUGGUGGCAUCGGCCAGCUGAGAGCGGCCGGAGAGGGACAGAGACGGAGCGGG